UAAGUCAUAAUCGACUUGAAGGCACAUAACAACAACAACUAUGUAAGGUUAAGUCCUCUCUUUUAAGAAAGUGUGAUCACAUGAAAGAGUAGUGGGGAGAGGUUAAAACUGUAGUCUUUCAGAAAGCUCCCUGUGAGAGAAAAGAGAGGAGUAAGAAUGAAUAAUUAGGAAAGAGACUUCCAUGAAAUCGCUCGUUGAGAAAAUUACCUGCCCAUUAAAUGAGAAGCAGUGAGAAGCAAUCAUGUUAAUGUUACCUAUAGCCAACAGUAAAAAGGGAAGGAGGCUUGAGAAGGAAAGGAGAUGAGGUAGGGGGGUGAGAAAGGGAGCGCUGCUCCCCCCCCCGUCUUUUUUCAAUCCUUCAGCUGUCUCACGUUGUCUCUCUUUCCCUCCCACCGCUGUCCCUCGGGGGAACAUGAGCGUGGGUGUGGUGUUUUACAGUGGUUUAAUCCACAUCCCAGCUCUUCUCAUUCUGACUGGAAGGGAAACUGCUUUCUCAUUCCCCCUCUGUAUUUGCUCUACCAACAUCAACAGAAAAAGAGCGAGCGAGCGAGCUGGGGCUGUGGGGAAGCCGCCAGGGCAAGCUUUAGCAGGAGGGUGCUGCUCUCUCACAAACAAACACCCCGCCGCGUCUGCCGCUUCCCGCCUCGCUCGACUCCUUCCACAGUGGCAGCGCUCGCCUGCUUCCACGCAUAGCGGCGGCGGCGGCCUGCGACGGCGACCGCUUCGGCAAGCAGCAACAACCGUGUCUGCCACUCGCUCACUCCUCCAGCCUCAGCGGCAUGUAGGGAGUUUUUUUUUCUCCUCAGUUUCUUCCCACACUGAGGGUGGGCAUCGUUGGGGUGGUGUGGGUGAGCACCACGCGCCAAGUGAAGCAAGAUGUUGCUCAGACGUCCCUCUUAUGGAAGUUAAGGGAACCAACUCUGCAGCUUGAAGUGAUUUGGGGGCGAGAAAGAAAAUGAGAAGCAGAAGAGUUAAGCCAAACCUAUGAUUUGCCUUCCUCCUUCUCCGCCUUUUCGUCCGAGCGCCUAGAACUUUAGAGGGGGGGGGGAGUCAGACACUUUCUAGGAAAAAAAUCCGCUUUCAGAGUCUCUCUUGUCUGCCGAAGAAAUUCCAGGGUUUUGGAUUGCAAUGGAGAGCCUUAGCCACAGUUGAACAAUUCCUUUGCCUCAGCUAGAUUGGUGGGAAUUUCGGAAGCGAAGCCGGCGUACCGAGCAAGGACCGGUGGAGCCCCCCUUCUCUCCCCCCCGGCGCUGCUAAUCUGCAUGGAGCUGAAAGUGUCCCAUUCAAGCCCUUUUCUUUCUGCUGCUUUUGAGUCUCCCUCCGCGUAUCCAUAGGUCCUAGGAAAAUCUUAAGUUUUGGGACUGCUCGCCUUUUUUUGCUCUCUCUGGAAUUGGAUUGCCUUUGAAUAUGUUAAAAUGGGGCUUCUGACGCCACUCCUGCUGCUUGGAUUUGCCUAUUUUCAAGUUGAUGGAUCUCGUCUUCGUCAAGAAGACUUUCCACCUCGCAUUGUAGAGCAUCCAUCAGAUGUGAUUGUUUCUAAAGGAGAGCCAACAACUCUGAACUGCAAGGCUGAAGGAAGGCCAACUCCCACUACUGAGUGGUAUAAAGAUGGAGAGCGUGUGGAGACUGACAAAGAUGAUCCCCGCUCACACCGCAUGCUGCUCCCUAGUGGAUCUUUAUUUUUCUUACGAAUUGUACAUGGACGCAGGAGUAAACCAGAUGAAGGAAGUUAUGUGUGUGUUGCAAGGAACUAUCUAGGGGAAGCUGUGAGUCGUAAUGCUUCUCUGGAAGUAGCACUACUACGGGAUGAUUUUCGGCAAAACCCCACAGAUAUUGUUGUAGCAGCAGGCGAACCAGCUAUUUUAGAGUGCCAGCCUCCUCGAGGACAUCCUGAGCCUACUAUCUACUGGAAAAAAGACAAAAUCCGAAUUGAUGACAGAGAAGAGAGAAUCAGUAUAAGAGGUGGAAAGCUUAUGAUUUCAAACACAAGAAAGAGUGAUGCUGGAAUGUACACAUGUGUCGGCACCAAUAUGGUGGGAGAACGGGAUAGUGAUCCAGCAGAGCUUACUGUCUUCGAACGACCCACAUUUCUCAGGAGACCAAUCAACCAGGUGGUUUUGGAGGAAGAAGUUGUAGAAUUCAGAUGCCAGGUACAAGGUGAUCCUCAGCCAACAGUGCGUUGGAAGAAAGAUGACAAUGACUUGCCAAGAGGAAGAUAUGACAUCAAAGAUGACUACACCUUGCGUAUUAAAAAGGUUAUGAGCACAGAUGAGGGUACCUAUGCAUGCAUAGCUGAGAACAGAGUUGGAAAAGCUGAAACAUCUGCUACCCUCACUGUUCGAGCUCGUCCUGUUGCACCUCCACAAUUUGUGGUAAGACCACGCGAUCAGAUUGUUGCCCAGGGCCGAACAGUGACCUUUCCAUGUGAAACUAAGGGAAAUCCUCAGCCAGCUGUGUUCUGGCAAAAAGAAGGCAGCCAGAAUCUCCUCUUUCCAAACCAGCCUCUCCACCCCAAUACCAGGUAUUCUGUGUCACCUACAGGGGAUCUUACAAUUACCAAUAUUCAGCGUUCUGAUGAAGGGUACUACAUCUGCCAAGCACUCACUGUUGCUGGAAGCAUUUUAGCAAAGGCUCAAUUGGAAGUUACAGAUGUUUUAACAGAUAGGCCUCCACCCAUCAUUCUUCAAGGACCUGUAAACCAGACACUGGCAAUAGAUGGAACAGCUUUGCUGAAGUGCAAGGCUACUGGUGACCCAAUGCCUGUUAUCAGCUGGUUAAAAGAAGGAUUCACUUUCCUGGGCAGAGAUCCAAGGACAUCUAUACAGGAUCAAGGAACCUUGCAAAUUAAACCGUUACGAAUAUCCGACACUGGCACCUACACUUGUGUUGCCACAAGUUCAAGUGGGGAAACAUCUUGGAGUGCCGUGCUAGAUGUGACAGAAUCUGGAGGAGCAACAGUUAGCAGAAAGUUUGAUUUAAAUGAUCUCCCCGGGCCACCAUCCAAGCCUCAGGUCAUGGAUGUCACUAAGAAUAGUGUCACCUUAUCUUGGCAGCCAGGCACCCCUGGAAACCUACCAACUAAUGCAUAUAUCAUUGAGGCUUUUAGUCAGUCGGUGAGCAAUAGCUGGCAAACAGUUGCUAAUCAUGUAAAAACAACACCUUGCACUGUGAGAGGACUCCGUCCAAAUACCAUCUAUCUUUUUAUGGUGAGAGCUAUCAACUCACAAGGAUUGAGUGACCCCAGCACCAUGUCAGACCCUGUGCGAACCCAAGAUAUCAGCCCACCAGCACAAGGUGUGGAUCACAGGCAGGUUCAAAAAGAGCUUGGAGAUGUCAUUGUGCGGCUACAUAAUCCUGUUGUUCUGACCCCUACCACAGUUCAAGUGACCUGGACGGUUGAUCGCCAAUCCCAAUUUAUUCAAGGUUAUCGAGUCAUAUAUCGGCAAACAUCGGGCCUACCUUCCCCUUCUGCAUGGCAGACUCUGGAGGUCAAAGUUCCCACAGAGCGCAGUGCUGUCCUAAUCAACUUGAAAAAAGGAGUUACUUAUGAAAUUAAAGUUCGACCAUAUUUCAAUGAGUUUCAAGGGAUGGACAGCGAAUCAAAAUCUGCCCGUACCACAGAAGAAGCUCCAAGUGCCCCUCCUCAAUCUGUUACUGUUCUGACAGUUGGAAACCACAACAGCACCAGUAUCAGUAUUUCCUGGGAUCCUCCACCUCCAGAUCACCAAAAUGGAAUUAUUCAAGAAUACAAGAAGGAGAGGUCAGGAGAGGUAGUAGAAGGGCACCUUUUCUGGAAUCUGUUGCCCAAAGCAACCACUUCAUCUUGCUUCAUGAUCUGGUGCUUGGGUAAUGAAACAAAAUUUCAUAUCAACAAAACUGUAGAUGCAGCCAUUCGAUCUGUAGUGAUUGGAGGCCUGUAUCCAGGUAUUCAGUAUAGAAUAGAAGUUGCAGCAAGUACUAGUGCUGGUGUUGGAGUGAAAAGUGAGCCACAACCCAUAAUAAUUGGAAAUCGUAAUGAAGUUGUCAUCACAGAAAACAACAAUAGCAUAACAGAGCAAAUAACGGAUGUUGUCAAGCAACCUGCCUUUAUAGCUGGAAUUGGUGGUGCAUGCUGGGUAAUACUCAUGGGUUUCAGCAUUUGGUUGUACUGGCGCAGAAAGAAGAGGAAGGGCCUCAGCAACUAUGCAGUUACUUUCCAAAGAGGAGAUGGAGGACUUAUGAGCAACGGAAGUCAACCAGGCCUGUUAAAUGCAAGUGACCCCAGUUAUCCUUGGCUUGCAGAUUCUUGGCCUGCCACCAGCCUGCCUGUAAACAACAGUACUAGUGGACCAAAUGAUCUUGGAAAUUUUGGUCGUGGGGAUGCGUUGCCUCCAGUGCCAGGUCAAGGGGAUAAAAGUGCCACAAUGCUUUCUGAUGGAGCCAUCUAUAGCAGCAUUGACUUCACUACCAAAACCAGUUACAACAGUUCCAGCCAAAUAACACAGGCUACCCCAUAUGCCACAACACAAAUACUGCAUUCCAACAGCAUCCACGAAUUGGCAGUUGAUUUACCAGAUCCUCAGUGGAAAAGUUCAGUUCAGCAAAAAAGUGACCUAAUGGGAUUUGGUUACUCUCUACCUGAUCAGAGCAAAGGCAACAAUGGUGGGAAAGGAGGGAAGAAAAAGAAGAACAAAAAUACUUCCAAGCCUCAGAAAAAUAAUGGGUCGAACUGGGCCAACAUUCCACUCCCACCUCCUCCGAUACAGCCUCUUCCAGGCACAGAGCUAGAACACUAUGGCGUGGAUCAGCAAGAAGGAGGGUAUGACAGCGAUGGUUGGUGCCCACCUUUGCCUGUCCAGACAUACUUGCAUCAGGGAAUGGAGGAUGAACUUGAAGAAGAAGAUGACAGAGUUCCUACACCUCCUGUUCGAGGAGUGGCCUCUUCCCCUGCAAUCUCUUUUGGACAACAGUCCACUGCAACCCUCACACCCUCUCCACGGGAGGAAAUGCAGCCUAUGCUUCAAGCUCACCUUGAUGAACUUACCAGGGCCUAUCAGUUUGAUAUAGCAAAGCAAACAUGGCACAUUCAAAGCAAUAGUCAGCCUCCCCAGACUCCACUUCCACCACUAGGAUAUGUGUCUGGAUCUCUAAUAUCAGAUUUGGAAACAGAUAUUCCAGAAGAUGAAGAUGAGGAUGAUAUUGAAGAAGAAGCUUUAGAAAUCACAAGACCACUGAGAGGACUAGAGCAUACACCAGGCUCUAGCAUGGACAAUCUAGACAGUUCAGUGACAGGUUCACUUGUAAAUGGAUGGGGUUCUGCAUCUGAUGAGGACCGUAACUUUUCUAGCCAUAGAUCUAGUGUAGGUAGUUCCUCAGAUGACUCCAUCUUUACCAGCGGCAGUUUUACACAAGCUCUGGUUGCAGCAGCAGAUAAAGCUGGGUUUAGGCUAGAUGGAACCAGCCUAUCAGGAACAGGAAAACUAUAUUCCUCAUCUCAGAGGCCUCGGCCAUCCAGUCCUUUUUCUACCGACAGCAACAUCAGUGCAGCCCAGAAUCAGAGUCAGAGGCCUAGGCCUACCAAAAAACACAAGGGAGGCAGAGUUGACCAGCCUCCAUUGCCUCACCGUAGGGAAGGAAUGACAGAUGAUCUUCCACCACCACCAGACCCGCCCCCUGGUCAGGGUUUAAGGCAGCAAAUAGGCCCUGGCCAACGUGGAGGUUCAACAGAGAGAAAAGGAAGCUCUCUAGAACGACAGCAUACGUCCAGCAUAGAUGAAACAAAGAGCACUUGGGAUCGUCAAGCUAGAACAUCACUAGAGUGGCAGCGGCAAACCCAGGAAUGGAUAAGCUCAACAGAACUUCAAGGCCAGCAAAAACAAGCAUUUGGAUCAGAAGAGGCACUGGUGCCAUAUAGCAAACCUAGUUUCCCGUCCCCAGGUGGUCACAGCUCUUCAGGUACAGCAUCUUCUAAAGGAUCAACUGGACCCAGGAAAGGCGAGGUCAUGCGAGGAGGUCCCCAGCGUAAUACCAGUGAUCUCAUUGAUGUAGGAUAUAUUGGAUCAAGCAGUCAAGGACAAUUUUCUGGCGAAUUAUAGUAGUUGAACAGAAACAUCUUGAGCUGCUCUCAAGGACCAUCAAGGUCUGAACUCAUGGAAGUGAUGACACUAAAACAGUGCAAUGAACAUUUUCUUUAUUUAUGUACUUACUUAUUAAGAGAACUGUAAAUGCAAUGUAAAGACACACAGCCACACACCCCCACAGAUACUCUACCUGUGUUCUUCUCUAUACUACACCUUCCACCUUAAUCUAUUUCUUAGCAAGCAUAUAUGAAGAAAAAAAAUCACGCUGCAGGAUGAAACAGAUUUCCCUUGUACAUAAUUUCUUUUUAUUGCAUUGCUAUGCAAGCUCACUUUUUUAGCUAUGUUCAAAUUAUUGUCUGUUCUUAUUGGUCUGUUGUAUUAUAUGUGAAUUAAUAGGCUGUGGUGCCAUAUAAUAACUUUUAAUUGUGUAACUUUUUAUGUUUAAAGUUUGCACUGCAAUUUUUUUUGUUGGUGAUAAGCACAAAACUCUUACUCCUCGUGAUAUGAAGAAGAAGAAGAAGAAGAAGAAGAAGAAGAAGAAGAAGAAGAAGAAGAAGAAGAAAAUAAAGACUGAAUGUGAAAGGAGUCUAUGUACUGUAAGCUAUGUUGGAUAAUGGUGGAUGUAAUGGAUUAUGUUAGGUGGUUUUCCAUUUGGGUGUAGAAUUAGGAAGAUGACUGGCAAACUGAUGUUAGCAAAGGCUUAUUGGGUCAUCAGGGUUGGAAUUCUACAUAAAACAAUAAGCAACGUGUUGCUUUUACCAUUAAAAAAGGGGUCAAAUGAUGGAAGUAUGAAAUUCAAGACCAGAUGAGAACAUGAAAGCCUCCUCUCUUCUUAGUAUCAGUUUCCAUUGUUCAACACAGUUGAUCUUGCUACAAAGGAAAGAAGUUAAGGUGUUUCACUAAAGCUGUUCUUUAAUAUAUUACAGUUUAAAAAAUUACUAUGAUUGAUUCACUCUCCCAUCCAGGAACCAGGAACCAUAUGAGCUAGGAAUACCUAGCAAGAGUUAAGGUGCAAUUUUUGAUUUGAGAUAUCCAAGCUGCUUCCAAAAAAAAUAGACUAUCUUAGCUCAUCUUUCCAAUACAUGUACAGUACCAUGGAAGGUGUAGAGCUGCAUCACUUGAAAUUCAUGGCAUAAUGGUUUUUAUGUAGUCUAGACAUAUUUUUGUGUUGUAUUAUCUGAAACUCACAAACUGAAACCCAAUUCAUUUGUACUUUAAGCCUUGGGUUAUAAUGUUUGAAAUGAAAACAAUGGUAAAUUUAUGCUCAGUUUUGAAGUUAAAAUGUUUUUUGCCAAUUCAGUACAUUAUUCGAAACUGGCUAGAAACAAGGAAACAUCUUUGACCUAUUUUUAAUGAGUAAAUUUCAAGCCUCUUCUUAUGAAAACAUGAUGCAUGUUUAUACACUUUUUGAAUAAACCAAACUCUCUGUAAAUCCACAUGAACAAAUGCAUCCUGUCUCAUCAUUAGUUCUCAUGAUUUUCUACAACUUCUCCACAGUAUUUUUAGUUCUCUGUUAGAAAUACUGUAAAUGUAUAUGAAAUGCAUUAAAUAUUUUAUUUGAAGUUUACAUCACAGAGCUUACUUCAUUCAGUCACAUCAUUAUUAUACACAUGCAUUUAAACACAUUUUACUUAAAACCAGUCCAUGUUGUUUUAAUACUUUGCCUUGGCGAUCACAUUGCUGUUAAGUGAAGUACGCUUUUAAAAGAAAACAAAAACAUCUGCUAAAUAUAUGUUGCUUUUUAUUACCUUACGUUGGGAUAACUGAUAAGACAGAACAUUGCCAUUACCAAUUGUAAAUCAGCACUGCAAAUAUCAAAUUAUCUCAUUUACUUAGCAGGGCACUGGCAAACCAAAAAAACCCACAAAACUAUGAAAUCAAGGAUAAAUAUUUUUUGAGUGUAUGUGACCAAGGAAUUUAUGUAAUGUUACUGCUUAUUAAAAUGCUGGAUAUAGUUAAAGCCAUUAUUUUAUAAAUGUACAGAAAUAUUCAACAAAUGUAUAAAAAUGACAUUUUUCUUUCAUUCCUAAAUUCAGUAUGUUAAUGUGAAGAUAGACAUCAUGUUCCUGCAAUAGUACUCUGGAAACAAAAAUAGGUUUGUGCACACAGAUGCAUGCAAUGAAGACACAAUAAGCUGUUGCUGAGGGGACACACCUCCAGCAACCUAUCUGAGCACCUGACACAGCUGUGUCUAGGCUGAAGCACAGUCCUCUGUGCCCCU